AUGGGGUCCAACUUCGUGGCUAGCCAUGGUCCGGCUUUGAUCUUUCUUUUCCUCAUCUUCUAUGUCGUAACUAAUAUUUACCGCGAACGAAGGAACCCGUUGUCAUCGGUCCCCGGCCCCUUCCUGUGUAAAUGGACGGAUAUCUUCAUCAGAUAUCAAACGGUCAUAGGGAACCGGCCACGAUAUGUGCAAGCGCUACAUCGACAAUAUGGUCCUGUCGUCCGGGUUGGCCCGAACGCAGUCGACAUUGCUGAGCUUGCUGGGGCUCGGGAAAUCCAUCGCAUAGGAAGUGGCUUCCUGAAGUCGCCAGUAUACGAACUGCUCAAGCACGACAAUGCAAAAAGUAUUUUCACUACUUCGGAUCCAAAGUUCCACAGUAAGCAUCGCAGACUCCUUUCAUCGCCCUUCGCAGAUGCGAACUUGCAUUCACUGGAGCCCUUGAUAGAGGGCCGCAUCCGCCUCACGAUGAAACGCAUGCGAGAGGAGAUGACUAUCCGUGGAGUAGCGGAUGUCCAGAAAUGGUUCUCCUUUAUGGCUAGCGACAUUAUUGGGGAACUGUCCUUCGGGGACUCAUUCCGGAUGUUGGAACAAGGCAAGAAAAAUCAACACAUCAAAGACAUGGAGAUAGCCGCCUUCGUCGGAGAGUCUCGAGCAGCUUUUCCUGUGCUCUCUAGGCUCGCGGCAUUUCUGCCGAUCCCUUUCUUCAAGGAGGCUAACAAGAGCCGGAAUCGAAUAGUGGAGUAUACUGACGAGUCCAUUAAUCGGUACAAAAAGCUGCUAGCCGCUAGCCCCGACAAUGUCAAGCCUACACUUUUCACGAAGCUGUAUAAUGCUGGCAAAGCAGGAUUGCCUGAUGCGGAAAUCCGCGACGAUGCCUCCGACCUCAUCAUCGCUGGAAGUGACACCACUGCUAACACUUUGACCUAUCUCACCUGGGCAGUCUGCAAAACACCAAUAAUUCGGCAAGCACUUGUUGCCGAGGUGGCCACACUUCCCGAGCAAUUCUCUGAUAAGGAUAUCCAACACUUAUCCUAUCUGAACCAGGUCAUUGACGAGACCUUGCGCCUGUAUCCCGCUGUCCCUUGUGCUCUCCCUCGCGUUGUACCACCACAGGGGGCAAUAUUCGGUGGCCAUUGGGUUCCCGGAGGAAGCACUGUAACGACGCAACUCUGGAGCUUGCACCGUGAUCCCGUUGCGUUCUCGGAGCCCGAAAAGUUCGACCCUUCCCGUUGGUCUUCGCCUACCCAGGAGAUGAAGGAUGCAUUCAUGCCAUUUGGGGCAGGGACACGUAGUAAGUGCCGACUGUGGACUGUAGAGCACGUCAGCCAGCAGCUAACCCGACCGUAA